AUGUCUGCUGAAGACGUUCUAUUCGACAUGUUACACUCGGAAAUUGUAUCGUACUUAGUGUCCAAGUCCUCCGAGGAUGAAGAUUUAUCGAUAUUAGAACACUUGGGUUAUUCAUGUGGUUGGCGACUGAUUGAAAGAAUAACAAAAGAACUGCCAAGGUACAAAGAAGAGCUAGAAGUUUUAAAAUUUAUAUGUACAGACUUUUGGUCAUGCGUGUAUAAAAAGCAGGUGGAUAAUUUACGAACCAAUCAUCAAGGUGUCUAUGUAUUGCAUGACAACGAUUUUCGCUUUUUCAGCAAACUGUCAAAUGGAACACAGUACCUUAAAUCUGCACCCAAAUAUGCAACGUUUACAUGCGGUCUGAUUCGAGGAGCUCUAGAAAAUUUUGGAAUUUCAAGCAUUGUAACAGUUGAAAUAGUUAGAAUGCCGUCAUGUAAAUUCCACAUACAAGUACUUCCGUCUUCAUCUUAA